GUUCUUUUUAUUUUCUGCUAAGCUGCACGGUCAGUCCUCACCCACUCACUUCGACCUUCAACGAAUGCUCUGAUAAACCAAGACCAAACGCAUUAGCCGCACAGGGCCAUGGGAAGAGCACUUCUGAGCUUCUCUCUAUCCUCAAGCUUCUACCCUUUCUCUCUCCUCUCUCAAGCCAAACGCUAUCCUCUUGCCAAACUAUCAGCUCCACGUAGGGUUUUACGAGGGUUUAGGCCUCUUUGCUCCGCCACCGUCGUUGAACCAGACCAGGAACUACAACCCGCAAAGCAUUCCAUUCUUCUGGAAAGACUGAGAAUUAGACACCUCAAAGACGCUGCUAAAGCAGUAGCGCCACAGACGAGACCGCCCCCAACAUCGGUUUCCGCUCAGAAGGAAGUUGAGGAUGGUUCGAAGAAGUCGAGGAAGAUGAUCGAUUGGAGUUUUGAGGACUUAGGCCUGAGUGAGGAGGUGAUGGGGGCUGUCAAGGCGAUGGAAAUUUCAGUUCCUACUGAGAUUCAGUGCAUUGGGAUACCUGCUGUGUUGGAAGGGAAAAGUGUGGUGUUGGGUUCUCAUACUGGCUCUGGCAAGACUCUGGCUUACAUGCUACCUCUUGUUCAGCUACUAAGACGAGAUGAGGCAUUGUUGGGCAUGCUAAUGAAGCCAAGGCGUCCCCGAGCUGUUGUGCUAUGCCCCACGAGGGAGCUGUCGGAGCAGGUAUUUCGUGUGGCAAAGGCUAUAAGCCAUCAUGCACGAUUCAGGUCUACUAUGGUAAGUGGUGGUGGCCGUUUGAGGCCUCAAGAGGAUGCACUGAGCACACCAAUUGACAUGGUAGUGGGGACCCCUGGCAGAGUUUUGCAACAUAUUACGGAGGGAAACAUGGUUUAUGGUGACAUCAAAUACUUGGUGCUGGAUGAGGCAGAUACCAUGUUUGAUCAUGGUUUCGGUCCUGAUAUUCGCAAGUUUCUUGGUCCACUAAAAAAUCGUGCAUCAAAACCAGAUGACAAAGGAUAUCAAACUGUUUUGGUCACAGCAACAAUGACAAAGGCAGUGCAAAAGCUGGUUGAUGAAGAGUUCCAUGGCAUAGUACAUCUGCGUACUUCAACGCUGCAUAAGAAGGUUGCAUCUGCUCGGCAUGAUUUCAUCAAACUUUCUGGCUCUGAAAACAAGUUGGAAGCAUUGCUUCAGGUUCUUGAGCCAAGUUUGUUGAAGGGAAAUAGAGUGAUGGUGUUUUGUAACACAUUGAAUUCUAGUCGUGCUGUGGAUCACUUUCUUGGUGAAAAUAAUAUAUUUACAGUGAAUUACCAUGGUGAAGUGCCAGCAGAACAAAGGGUUGAAAAUCUGAAAAAGUUCAAAAGUGAAGGUGGAGAUUGUCCCACUCUGGUCUGCACAGACUUGGCUGCAAGGGGACUGGACUUGGAUGUUGAUCACGUUAUUAUGUUUGAUUUCCCUUUGAACCCUAUUGACUACCUUCAUCGCACUGGAAGAACUGCUCGCAUGGGUGCAAAAGGAAAGGUGACAAGUUUAGUUACUAAGAAAGACCUAAUUUUGGCCACUCGAAUUGAGGAAGCCAUGAGGAAGAAUGAGAGCUUGGAAUCUCUCACUGUGGCUAAUGUCCAACGGGACAUUGCCAAGUCCCAAAUAAGUAGGCAGAAAGGGAAGAAAGGAACUUUGGUUAAAGCUUCGAAUCAAAAAAAGAAGACCAGCAGUGCAUCCCUGAAAUCUCCUGCAAAGACAACAGGAAGAAAAACUUCAGGAGCAAAAUCUGGACAGAUAUCUGCUCCAGCUAAGUCUAUGAAAACAAUUCAGGUGUCGAAAAGUAGCCGAAAAGGAGUGUCAUCGAGUAAGAAGAAACAGAUAGAGAGCAAAAGGUCCACUUCGAAACUUAGUGUUGUUGGGUUUAGAGGGCGGAGUUCUUCGUCAAACAAGAAAGUAUCAGCGAGAUUCAGUUGAUUGUAGUCACGAUUUUAGAAUAAAUGUGCAUUUAAACGCCAAUUAAUUUUGUACUUUCCCAUCUGUAAAGUGUUUUUUUUUUUCCUUUGAAUUUUUGCCACUGCACUGCUUUUAUUAUAUUAUGGUAUAAUAUAGUAUACUCUUGUGUUAA